CAAAAUACCCCAAAAAAGAAGAGUGACCGCAUGAGGAUAUUUAAAUAAAACAAUGCCUUAUCGAGUGGGCGCUGGCUUCAGUUUAAUCUCGGUGUGACGGCUCGGUGAGUAAAUCAGAGGAUGGACAACGUUACCGUGUCCGCCUCCGGUGGGUCAGCAGAGGACAUGGAGGGGAUCUGCGUGAUGCCGGACUUGAGUGCCAUCAAGACGGAGCAGUCGGUUGGAGCGAGCCCAGUUGACACGGGCGCCCAAAAUGUGGCCAUGGGCAUCAAGUUCAUCCUGCCCAACCGCUUUGACAUGAAUGUUUGCUCACGAUUUGUCAAGUCGCUCAACGAGGAGGACAGCAAGAACAUCCAGGACCAGGUCAACUCUGAUCUGGAGGUGGCUUCCGUUUUAUUCAAAGCUGAGUGCAACAUCCAGACCUCACCUUCCCCGGGGAUACAAGUGCGCCAUGUUUAUACUCCAUCCACCACCAAACAUUUCUCCCCCAUCAAGCAGUCCACCACCCUCACCAAUAAACAUCGUGGCAAUGAGGUUUCUUCCACACCGCUUUUGGUGCAUUCUUUGUCCAUUCAUCAGCUUGCAGCUCAGGGUGAAAUGGUGUUUCUGGCCAGCAGGAUUGAACAAGAGACUGUUAUCAACCUCCAAGAUGAAGAAGGCUUUACCCCCCUUAUGUGGGCUGCUGCACACGGACAAAUCGCUGUGGUCGAGUUUCUGCUUCAAAAUGCUGCCGACCCCAACCUUCUGGCCAAAGGGAGGGAAAGUGCUCUGUCCUUGGCCUGCAGUAAGGGAUACACUGAUAUUGUGAAGAUGCUCAUUGACUGUGGGGUUGACGUCAAUGAAUAUGACUGGAACGGAGGAGCCCCUUUGCUGUACGCUGUCCACGGGAACCAUGUGCGCUGUGUUGAAAUCUUGUUAGAGAGUGGUGCUGAUCCUACCAUUGAGUCAGACGCUGGAUUCAAUGCAAUGGACAUGGCUGUGGCUAUGGGCCACCGGAAUGUUCAACAGGUGAUGGAGGCGCACUUACUGAAGUUACUGAUGGGAAUCAGAGAAUGAACUGUGACACUUGAGGAAAA